AAGUUCGUCAAUGAAGUUCCGGUUCCCGGCGCACGCUUUCCUUCCGCGGUUCGGUGAAACGAGAAAUAUACGAGUGAGUCCCUCGGCUUUCAGAAAAUACAGCCAAAAUGAGCAAAGCACACCCACCUGAGCUGAAGAAGUUCAUGGACAAGAAGCUUUCCUUGAAGUUGAACGGAGGCAGACACGUGCAGGGCAUCCUGCGAGGGUUCGACCCCUUCAUGAAUCUGGUGGUGGAUGACUGUCUGGAGAUGGGCCCCGGAGGACAGCAGAACACCAUCGGCAUGGUGGUCAUCAGGGGAAACAGCAUCAUCAUGCUGGAGGCCUUGGAGAGAGUAUGAGAGAGGAGGAGGCCGCUGAGGCUGGAGAAGAGAAUCAUCCACAUGUUUUUACAUUGUUGUCCUUUUUUGGUUCUUCAGUAAAGAGGCAAAGCAUUUGUAUCUCUGAAUUGUGAGGUUUCUGAUUUCCAUAGUGUUUUUGUUUGGACUUUUUGAACUGUGCAGUCUUGUGAAUAAAUCAGUUUUGUCUUUGUAA